AUGGGUCUUCUAUCUUCAUUAAAAUCCAAGGCGGGAAUGUCCAAGUCAGAGAGUGACUGGAACUCGGAGUCCUCGGCCGACGAAAAGGGCGGCUCCCACAAGACCACGGCAGCCUCCAGCAACUUCCUUGCGACCAGCAACCUUGACGUCCACGCCAUUGGCUAUGACACAAACCAAUCCCUCACGGGCAAUACCCUGGAAAAUAUAUCCGUCCGCCGUGUGGAAUCGGGCCAGACCGAAUACGUAUCCAUGCGCCAGAAAAAGAACUCCAACUCCUGCGCGCUGGUCCGCACGUCGGAUGAAGACCGCGCUCUCAUUUCCACCAUCUACCGCAUGGGCCCCGGCCGCCAUCCCAAGAUGCACAUCCUGCCCGACAAUGCCCGGGUGACGGUCGACGCGGCCCUGCAGAACAAGAGCAUUCCGGGCGAGGAGGUCGAGGUCAAGAGCCGCUCAUUCACCUCGCGCGCACAAGUCUUUAACACGACGCUCGGAGAGUUUGAGUGGCGCUACGGCAGCCGCGAGGAGAGAAAGGCGUGCAACGCCGACUCGCUGCUGAUCAUGGAGCGCGCCGACGGGACGCGGGUCGCUCAGCUCGUCCGCAACGCGGAGCUCCGCACGCCUGGCACCGUCAAGUACUCGGGCGGCAACGGUGGCCGCCUGAUGAUUGACCUGCACGAGUGGGAGAAUGACGACAAGGGCGGCACUUCUGGCGUAGAGGCGUUUGCUGUCGCGAGCUGCAUACUGAUGCUGAAGAGAGAGGCGGACCGCUUCAUCAACAAUAAUGUCGCCGCCGUGGUAUAA